GAUCGCGUAUGUCGAGAGCCCAGCUUGGUUUCUCGAUCGGAACAUGCAGUUAUUCGUGUGUAAGACCAAGAGCCAGACAGACAUCAACACAACGGAAGGCUCAUCGAGAUUCUUUCGCUUUGGUCCAACAAUUCGUCACACACGAGCUGUAAGUGUAACAGUGUCUCUUCGCCUUCGAACGGUUGGCUUUACGGUGAGAGUGAACCCCAACAUGAGGUGGUCCAGUUUACAGCUGCUGCCGGUGCUACUAGUGCUGGCGAUCGAACAGUGUGCGUGCCAGCGCGAAGUGUUCCGACUCUUCUCCAACUGUCGCUUCGGAAAGCCCAACUUUGAUCCGUGCAUCAAAAAAGCGUUCAACGCACUGCGGCCAUGGUUUAAGACCGGUCUGCCCGAGUUUAACGUUGCCCCAUUCGAUCCACAUCGGGCCGAAUUCAUCGAACAGCGCCGUGGAGAUCUGGGCGGUCUCGGUGGCUAUCGGUUGCUGCUGUCGAACGUGUCCGAGUACGGUUGGGCGCAGUCGGAGGUGACAAAGUACCGGACCGAGCCAAAGCACGACCGCAUCGUGUACUCGCAAUUCUUCCCGGAGAAAUCACUGGACGGCAGUUACGACUUUCAGGCGAAGAUUCUUGGCUUGCCGCGACACACGCGAGGCAUCUGGAACCUGACACUGUACGAUUACAGCCAGACGACGACCGUGACGCGGAUCGGUGGACCUGGCGGACUGUUGAAGGUGCGCGUCGAGAUCGACAAGAUCGGUAAUAUGAAGCUGCACAUCUCGGACCUGUUUCAUGGGUCUAAAAUUAUUGAAUCGAUCGCUGACUUCUUCAUCAACACGAUGUGGCAACCGAGCUUCCCGUUCAUUAAGCCACUGAUCAACGAUCUCGUUAGCGUCGCGUUUACGGACAUCUUCAACGAGUCCUUCCGAUACUUCCCGCUCGAUCAGGUGAUACGAAGCUAGGAAGCCAGGGGGUAAGAGCGAUCGAGACAGCGCGACAUUCGCCGCCAUUUUCGUCGGACUGCGAAAACUCAUGUGAUAAGCUUUACCGUUUUUUUUGUAUGUUUUGGUAAUAAAAGGAAUUAGACUACACGAGUACACGAGCGGGCGUUUUGUGAGGUAUCUUCAACAUA